AUAGGCAUUUUCAGGACCUACUCUAUUCCUGUGACUGUAAUUUGUUUUAAUUGUUUUCUCUGUAAGAUUUUACAUUGUUGUAACCCGUCCUGGGACCUGAUGGCGUAGUAUGGGUAAUAAACUGAAAUAGCAACAGCAAUGGGGGCACGAAUCGCCUCAGAUAGACCAUAGCUCUACAGGAGGACCGUGUUGCCUCAGAUGAGCUUGCCCAUCAACUGAGAUAUACUUCUGAAGCCCUACUCUAGAUGCCUCCACCUUCAGAGAUUAGGCAAACGACUAAUAGGAAGAGGGGGCUUUUUCAACUGUUGUGGAACAGAGUCCCAAAAGAGCUACUGCCUUUGCCUGCUGAUGCAUUUCCUAUACUACAGGUGCCAGUCCAUCCUGUUUGCCUGGACUUUUAAUGCUAACCAAUACCUGCUCAUCACAAUGGUGUUCAGCAUUAAGCCUUGCUUAAUCUGUUGCUAAGGGCAGCUCUCCUUGUUUAUUCUUGUUGAUGAACGAUGCACAGCAUGCAAACUGCCCAGGAGGCUAUGUUGAGGGCAAAGGCGGGGUAAGCUUUAAAAAUCACAUACAUACAUUUAACCAUCCUUUGCCUCUUCCAUUAAUAAAAACAUAAUCUUAACGUAAGAUGUGGCAUAGAUGCAGAUGGGACAGGAAGGGCCGGUGCCUCGUGCAUCCUGUUCCUGCAUCUUCAUCUUAUUUAACCUGGGAUGUCCUCGUCUCCCUUGCUGCAGGGGAUGCAGCGGCUGGGAUUAGCUGAUGAGCCACAGCUUUGUAUGCUUAAAAAAAUUGUUCCUCAGCAUCUCCAGAUGGAGGAUCUGAAGCUCCGUAGCUGAUGAAUGGGAAGUAGCCGAUGGGAAACCAUUUUAAACACAAGGGGUUUGGGGAGAGCCAUGAAACUGCAGGCUAGCUGGCUUGACACCUGUUCUGGAAAAGCUGGCAGAAAGCAUUAUUAUCGGUGACAUUAUUCCAGCCUACAGAAGAAAAUAAGACUCGUUGAAGAAGGAUCGCCAUGGGAAGGGAUAUACACUGCAGGAUUCAGGAUCAGCUGUGGUUUGGCAAGAGGGUCUGGACUCCAAAGCAGGACGGAUGAAAGAAGAAGGGGAAACCCACGUAGCCAAGUUAUCAGAUGUCCAUCAUCCUCUCAGGUCUUAUCCAUCUAUUUCGACCAUUGCUAUCCUCGCUCUCCGGUGCACUCGACUGCGAGGGCUUGAACCCAUGGUACUUCCUGCUGGGCCUCCGCAUCAUGGCCAUUUUCUUCGCCAACGGCCCCUGGGACAAGAUCAAAGACGACACCAGCUGCAGUAUCACCGAGGGCGAAGGCGACCUGUCGCGAGACUUCUGCACAGCCCUUUGCUACAACCAACAUUUUCCCGUCUCCGUCGCAGCAACAUGGGGGCUGGUAUUCAUCGCGUUGAUCCUUCUUGUAGGGCUCCUGCGGCUCACCACCCCCAAGGAGAAGAAGAAGAAGAAGAGGAGAGAGAAAGAGGAUAGGGAUAAAGGGGAAGGCUUGGCCAUUGUUGCCACAGCAUCCCACAGUGGCGUCCCCGACAUAUCCACCAUCUACAACGUUGGGCGCCGUGGUCUCCCUAGGCACUAUGGCCACGACCAUGCCCACCAUCGCCACCAUGCCCACCAUCCUUACUAUACCCACUGGGAUGAUUGGCACGGGGGGCAUGCGGCUCCCAUGGCUGAAGGGUAUGGCCCCAGUGUGAGCUAUGGUCCAACGGACACUAGGCAAACCAAGAUGGCCGCACAUCAAGGUCACAUGAGGCAAACCACUGCGGCAUCCUAUUGCGGUGAAAAGGAGCAGUGCCACGUGGCCACCAAGAGCACCUCAGCCUCCCUUAGCGGCUCACCUUACAAAGGCAAAAUGCCCCCUCAGUCUUGGUCAGGUGACGAGCACAGAGAGCCCCUCCAUUGGAGAUAUGCCGACCCUCAAGAAUCGGGUGGUUUGGGUAAUGAUGGGUAUGCUAUGGGCACACCUAAAAGAUACAUCGGCCAAGGUAUCCGUGAUGAUGGCAAAUACAGCACGGCCACCAAAUGCAAGUCAGACACCGAAGGCAGCAUGGGCUAUGUCCCUGCCCAUCCCUGGGUAGAUGACAAAGCAAACAUGGCCAUCAAACGCAGGCCGGCUCAGGGGUGUAAGGUGCACGGCCAGCGCCACGUAACCUUUGACACCACAGGCAGGAGUGAUGGGGAUUUUGGAGGCAAUGUGUGCAACCAGCCAUGGAUGGCUGGAGACUCCCACUGCAAGCCCGUUGGCCAGGCUCAGGUCAUGUCCGGACCAGGUAUGGCUGCCGGACCGAUGCUGUGUUACCAUGGAGACACGGCCUGCACAUGCACCGAGGCUGAGCCAUGUCACGCGACCCCGCCGUGUGAAGCUGCCCACCACCACGACCGACACAGAGAAUCUUCUUCUAGGCGGAAGAAGAGGCCCAGGAUCACUAACAUCUGUGGUGUCCCCCUCUUUGAUAUCUGGGUGGGACUUAUCCUUGCCUUGGAGAUCUCUUUCCUCUGUGUCAUUUUCAUCUUCCAGAUGCCCAGGCUCUGGGGUGCGUAUUGGGUAUGCACCCCGUCGACUACCAGGUGCCAGCAGAGAAUUGAGUGCACCAUAAAUGGCAGGGCUGAGAAGCGGGUGGCGUUGUGGGGGCUGGUUUUCACCUCCAUCCUUUUCAUCAUCACCUGCGCCGGCUACUUCCACCUGCGGAUGUGCUGGAACGAGAGCUGCCAGAGAAUGUGCAGGGAGAAGGAAGAGGAAAGCCACGAAGAAGUGUGCUCUGAGGAGUCGGAGGAGAAGGAUGACGACAACAGAGGGCGUGAAGUGGGGGUGUGAGAAGGGUGGCGAGAGGCCCAGACAACCACCUCAAGCCUCGGAUCACAGGCUCGCAUCAGAACUGAGCGUUCCUCCAUACAAGAAGAAGUCCCCUCUCAGGAAAAAUCCACAGGAGGAUUCUGGGAACUGUAGUUUAUCGAAGGUGCUAAGGGUUGUUGGGAGACUUGUAUUCCCACCCCAAAGCUUUGAUUCCCAGAGUUCCCAGUGAAGAGGGAUUGCUUGUUAAUCUGCUCUGUAAAUUGCAGCUAUGAGUGGGGAAUACGGAGGGUCUCCUACCAACUCUCAGCAUCCUUAACAAACCACAGCUCCCAUAAUUCUUUUGGGGGAAGCCAUGACUGUUUAGUGGUAUCACAAUCCUUUAAAAGUAAGGUGUGAGUACGGCCUCAGUCUGGUGAAUUCCAACGUGCCACCCUGAAACUGCAAAGUGUGGAAUUUUGUCACUUCUACAUGAACUUAAAAGUCUCCAUUUUCCUCUUCCAGGCCGUGUUCUCUCUGAGAUUGUCAAGGUGUGUCUGGGGAGCCGCCCAUGCAGCAGCCUGAAGUUUAGACUGUAGAUGGCGGGGUCUCACGUGACUGAAUGUUCUUCCGUUUAAAAUAAAAUCUCUUACAUACAGAAAACAAUAGAUUCUCCAAGUCAGUCGGCGUUUUAUCAGCCGGAGCACACUGGAGCGCAGUUCUGGCACUUCUCUCAUGGGUGCCACUUCUGUUGUUGGAAAAAUCUUUGCAAAGUUUAGACAUUGCUUGAUUUUCUUGUGCUACUGUUGGUGGUAAAGAAUGCUAGCAAUGUAUUUAUUUUACUUUCUUUCCUUUUUUGUUUUAAAAUGUACCAUUUCAGUGCAGUGCUUAUUUGUGACAGCUCAUGCUGGUUCAACGAACGGGGAGUACCAAUUAGUCAAGAGAGAUUUUUGUGGUAGAUGAGAGUGGUAUAAAAUUAAAGGGGCGGGGAGGAGAGAAUAAAACAAGAUGCUUCCUGAGCCGUUUCCCCGCAGCAAGUUACCUGUAAUGACUUCAAGAAAUCCCUUAAGAUCUGGAAUCAAAGGAAUGUAAUUUGGAUGAAGUUCAGAUGAAGGCGCAGAAUGAAUGCAUACACAGAGAAGGAAGGAUAAUUUCAUUUCUUUUUAAACCACAGCACGCUCAUUAGUUUAAUUAGCCUUUAACCAACUUUGAGCGAAAGGGAGGAGUUACAACUUCAUUGAAAGCACAGUCAAGAGGUAAAAAGUACACACAACCGCCACCCUGAAACUGUGCCCCACCCCAGACUGUAAUUAGGGCAGGCAAAUCAACCCCAGGGUUGAUUUAGGCCCCUAAUCCAGGACCAGGGCUUCUCCUGUGUACCCAUACAGAUGAACAACCAGUUUCUAUUAAGGAGAGCCCAGGAGUCCUGCAAACUAAUUGCAUGCAAGAUAAACACCACCAGCAGAGAUUAGAGCAAUUAAUUCCAGCGUUCUGAACGCCGCCUUUGUUUUCUUUGAGAUGAAGAACUUUUGUUAAAUCACUUUUGCACCUUCAUUGGCAAGAUUUGAAAGGUUCAAAUCAUCAGGAUAUGAAUGCUUAAAACUAUUGUUUAAUUGUAUUCAAUAUCAAUACUGUAUUUCCGGGUUAGCAGAGUCUGUAACCUGAAGCGACUGUAACCUGAAGCAUCUGUAACCCGAGGUACCACUGUAACCUGAAUUUUAGUAUUAUACAAUAUAAAAAGAUGGGUCUACUGCGUGU